AUGUUUUAUGAGGGUCUUCAGCACUCAGUGUCACUCUUUUUGACAUCCUGUGUUUUUACUGCUGACAGAAGGAAGUUCAGUUCUAUCCAAGUUGAGAAUGUGAUGACUUCCAAACUUUACAGAGGCUUGGAUUUUCUUACUGAAACAUUUAGUGGUGCUGAACCUCAGCAAAGUUGGCAUAAGUUAGUUGCUGCAGUUUUGAGUGCUCUGAAUUCUAUGGAGGCGAUCACGAUAGCCAGGCACUACAGCUAUAAUGAGAGUUUGCUAGGUGUCAAAAUGGGAGCUCUGGAACAGGGUAUGGACAUCCACCAAAGCACAAAGGAUAGAAAAAUAUCGUCAGAUGUUGUUGCAACUGCCUUGGUAGAUGUGUAUGCAAAAUGUGGAAGCAUAGAUAAAGCAUGUGAAGUGUUUGAGAUAAUGUCUCAAAAGAACUGUGAUCUCAUGUGUAAAGCCGAAUUCUACAACAGAGCUUUGAAACAGGGCAUGGAUAUCCAUCAGAGAAUAAUGGUUGAGGGAUUUUAUUCGGCUAUUAUUGUUGGAGAUGCUCGGGUAGACAUGCACGCAAAAUGUGAAAGCAUAGAAAAGGAACGUAAACUGUUUGACAUAAUGCCUCAAAGAGAUGCCAUCUCAUGGAAUGCAGUGAUUGCAGGAUAUGCUCAAAAUGCUCAAAAUGGAUAUUUUGAGGAUGCUUUCAAAAUCUUUGAAUUAAUGAAGCACUAG